AUGGCUGCGAGACGACUACACCAUGAAGACUAUACAGUGGCAUGGAUCUGUGCGCUGCCCGUGGAAAUGGCAGCUGCCGAAGCGAUGUUGGAUGAGCGACACACUGAUCUCCCCACCACAGACAAUGACGCGAACACGUAUAUCCUCGGUCGCAUCCAUGUACACAAUGUAGUAAUUGCGUGUCUUCCAUAUGGUGUUUACGGGAUUACUUCAGCGGCAACAUUGGCGACCCAGAUUCGCUUCACCUUCACUGCCAUUCAAUUUGGGCUGAUGGUUGGUAUCGGGGGCGGAGUGCCAGGAACAGCGGAAGAUGUCAAACUAGGCGACGUCGUCGUUAGUAAACCGACCAGGGAGUAUGGAGGAGUCGUUCAAUAUGACUUUGGGAAACUUACCACUAAUGCGAUCAUGCGAAGAACCUUCCAUUACCCAGGCAAUUGUGAAUCUGUCGACGAAACAAGUGGCGACGGUCACGUGGAUGACACGAGGCCAACCACGGCUUGUAAGAUCCACUACGGGCUGAUUGCCUCUGGAAAUAAAGUCAUCAAGGAUAGCAAAGUUCGAGAUGUACUGUCAAGGAAGCAUGGCAUUCUCUGUUUCGAAAUGGAGGCAGCGGGGUUGAUGAACGACUUUCCGUGCCUGGUGGUCAGAGGCAUCUGCGACUAUGCAGACGCACGGAAAAAUAAACAAUGGCAGGGCUAUGCAUCCUUAACGGCCGCUGCCUAUGCAAAGGAGCUCCUGGGGGUGGUGCACACAAGCCACGUCGAAAAUCCUCGAAAAUUGUAUCUCGACCGCACGCCACACCCUCAAACAGUACGCGAUAGUGGAAAAUGGGCUGUACAAAUCGACCGACGUAUUGAUGAAGACCUACUGGAACGUAUUACAUCUUACGACCAUGAAAGGAUCCACCAAAGACUUUCACGGAAGAAACUGGUGGGCACGACACAGUGGUUCCUUGAUCACCCAGACUUCCAUGAAUGGAUUUCAGAGAAGACGCAUUCUUCUUUGUGGUGCUCUGGAAAAAUUGGCUCGGGAAAGUCCAUCAUUGCCACUGCAGUCGUCGAGGAAGCGAGAAUGCGCUUUUCGAAACGAAACAUACCGAUCGUGUUCGUUUAUUGCGACGAACAACAAACGUCGAAGUGCGAAGCUCUUAUACUAUCGAGUCUCAUCAAGCAAAUUUCGACAUUCCUACUGCGAGCAUCACUGCCUGUGCCUCAGGAGAUCAAACACAUGCUCCACCGUCACUUUGGACGAAAAAGACAAAGGCCUACUAUUGACGAUUUGCAAACGAUAUUUACAGCGCUGUUCACUGCAGCGCCCAAGGUCGUUUAUAUAUUGGAUGGCCUUGAUUCUCUCGACCAGGCACAUGCAAAGGGCCUCCUAACCUACUUACAGUCACUUUUCACGAGCUAUACAACAGAAUCAAAAAUCCUCUUUCUGAGCAGAGACCACCUACCCGGGAAUAUGGACAUCGCCAUGUUCGUUCCCGGUAUCCGCCGUGUUUCCACCUCAGAGAACACCAUUCAAGAUAUCAGCGUGUAUAUCGAAUCGAGCAUUAUGGACAAGAUGAUGAUGAAGAGAAUCACAGAUAGUGAAGACCUUGUACAAGAGAUGAAACGUGUUCUGCUGAACGAAUCCUCUGGAAUGUUCCUCUGGGUGUAUUUACAGAUAGAGAUUAUCUGGCAGACUUGUGCUACAGAUGCUGAAAUACGCUAUGCUCUCAAAUCGCUACCGGAAGAUUUAGAAGAGACGUACCGUCGCUGUAUAACAAGAAUCAACACCCAGGACCCCCGGGUAGUCAAGGCACUUAGCUGGGUUCGGUUUGCCACCAGGCCUCUUCAUAUUGAUGAGUUGCGAGAGGCGAUUGCCUUUGACGUACACGACACACGAUGGGAUCACAGUAGGAUCCCUAGAGGUGACUUCGUUAUGGGCUCAUGCGUCAACUUGCUGGUUCUUGAUUCCACAGACAGUUGUGUACGGUUUGUCCACUCAUCGAUGAAUCAGUAUCUUGAUGACAAUAGAGCAUCAUCGAUCCCUGGUUUCCCAAUUUCCAGGGAACAAGGAGAUAUGAACUGUGGAGAGUUCUGCGUUGCGUAUCUCUCCUUUGCUGACUUUAGCCUUCAAAUUGACAGACUCGCGGAUCAUCAAGUACACACUGUUGUGCCAAGCCCGUUCAUACUUCCUGCAAAACUCCCUGGAUCGACGAUUAUCAAGAAGCUUUUUCCAGGUCGAGCCACGGGCGGCCAAUCUAUGACGUUGCCAUUCCGACGGAUAAAGACUUCAUCUACUCCGUCGUCAGCUCAAUACAGAUUCCUUGAAUACGCAGUGAGUAACUGGGCAGUGCAGACAAGGCACAUCGAAGAAGGCCAGGGAACCUGGGACAAGUUCAAACGACUCGCACUGAGCUUUAACGAAACCUGGAACUUUUCCCCGUGGUCAAACGGUGGCCGUUCGCAGCUUUCUCAUUUGCAUGGACUUUUCGGAUGGGCUAUACGGGAAAACCAUCGACCGCUUCUGAACUUGGCCUUGGGGUUUGAAAGUCAUAUACGGAGUAUAUGUGAUAUUCCACUUGUGGAAGAGGGUCUCCCGCCUCUUCAUCUUGCUUGCCACCUUGGACACGAUAAGAUUGUCUUGGAACUACUGAGAAUUUGCGAUGUCCAUAAGACUGGUACCAAUAAGUAUACGCCAUUGCAUUGUGCCGCUGCCAAGGGGCAUGCUGAAGUAGUUGAUAUCCUGUUGCACAAAAAAGGCAUGAUCGAUGUGGAUCCUUGGUCAGAUUCGGAGGAGACGCCACUAUUCCUGGCCGCUAGAAAUGGAUGGGCAUCAAUUGUUGAAGCCCUCUUGAACCGCGGAGCAAUCUUGGAAUUCACAGACAACAACUUCCAGACUCCACUGAUUGCGGCUGCUGCCUCUGGUCAUCUGGCUGUCGUUGAGCUGCUUCUUGAGAAGGGCGCAGGCAUGCAUUCCCACGAUAGCAAGGGUCUUACUUGCGUAUCUUGGGCUAUUAGGAACAAACAGGACCACCAGGAGGCUGUGAAAUUGAUGGUGGAGAAAGGACUAAACCCGAAUUCAAUAUUUGACGGGAAACGCUGGCGUGAUCCAGGGACACUUCUAUCCUGGGCCAUCGACAGAGGAAAUGAGGAUCUUGAUGCAAUGGUCGAGUUCCUCAUUGAUAAUGGCGCGGACAUUAGCCGCGGAGUCAUCGGUAGUCUAAACGCACUAGGCCCAAUUUCACGAGCAGGGCACGCAUCAACUGUAAGGAUUCUGCUCGAGAGAGGCGUCAUAUUCGACAGACAACGUGAUAAAGACGAUUUUCUUCAUCGUGUAGCGCAAAGCGACCAUGCUGCUGUUAUUAGUGUUCUGCUGGACAGUGGCGCAGAUAUCAACUCCACUAAUAACUUUGGGCAGAUGGUUCUGGAUAUAGCAGAGUACAAGGGACAUCACGAGAUAUGUAAGCUUCUUGUUGAAUACGGUGCUAAACCGGUGCGUGUUUAUAAGAGGGUUUAUACUAACUGCUGA